AUGCUGCGCCCCAGCACAGUGCUUUUCAUGCGACACAUAGGACAGGAUGUGCCGAAGCGGCAUACUCACUUUGUCCUAGAGUCUCGGCUAAUGUAUGAGAAGUCCUUUCGUGAUACUUGGUUGCACAGUGUUUGUCGGGCCGUUUCGCAACUUGACGAACCUCUAUCGAAGACCUUCUCGGGGAAUCACCAGAGAAUGCUGCAGCGCAAAGUUACAUGCUUCCAGUAUAAUCAGUAUGGACUAUUUAAAGUGCCAUACUACCGCUUAGCUAAUGUUGACCGAUACCACGCCGUUCAGGGUGUUCCAGGAACCAGGGAGUGGGUUCCGUACGCCAACAUUUCGUACUGGACAAUGAACAAGAUGGUGCGUAGUGGUAACAUACUGGUUCACCGUGUGCAUUACACUGGCUGGGGAACGGAUCCACACCUCAAAAGAGGUGGAUGGGAGCAUCGGUGGAACAAAGUUCUGCAGCGCAAUACCCUUCAAUACACUCGGAUCUAG